AUGGCCCCGCGCGCGGGACAGCCGGGGCUCCAGGGACCGCUGCUGCCGGGGCUGCUGCUCGUGGCAGCGGCGCUGAGCCGGCCCGCUGCGCCGUGUCCCUUCCAGUGCUACUGCUUCGGCGGCCCGAAGCUUCUGCUGCGCUGCGCGUCGGGCGCCGAGCUCCGGCAGCCGCCGCGGGACGUGCCGCCCGACGCGCGCAACCUCACCAUCGUGGGCGCCAACCUGACGGUGCUGCGCGCGGCCGCCUUCGCCGGCGGGGCCGCGGACGGGGAAGAGGCGGCGGCGGGCGUGCGCCUGCCGCUGCUGACCGCGCUGCGCCUGACGCACAACAACAUCGAGGUGGUGGAGGACGGCGCCUUCGACGGGCUGCCCAGCCUGGCGGCGCUCGACCUGAGCCACAACCCGCUGCGCGCCCUGGGCGGCGGCGCCUUCCGCGGGCUGCCCGCGCUGCGCUCGCUGCAGCUCAACCACGCGCUGGCCCGGGGCGGACCCGCGCUGCUGGACUCGCUGGACGCCGCGCUCGCCCCGCUGGCCGAGCUGCGCCUCCUCGGCCUGGCGGGCAACGCGCUGAGCCGCCUGCCGCCCGCCGCGCUGCGCCUGGCGCGCCUGGAGCAGCUGGACGCGCGCCUCAACGCGCUGGCCGGCCUGGGCCCCGACGAGCUGCGCGCGCUCGAGCGCGAGGGGGGCCUGCCCGGGCCGCGCCUGCUGCUCGCCGACAACCCCCUGCGCUGCGGCUGCGCCGCGCGCCCCCUGCUGGCCUGGCUGCGCAACGCCACGGAGCGCGUACCGGACGCGCGGCGCCUGCGCUGCGCCGCCCCGCGGGCGCUGCACAACCGGCCUCUGCUGGACCUGGACGAGGUGCUGCUGCGCUGCGCCGACCGCGACGCCGACGGUCGCGGGGAAGAGGCGGAAGCCGCCGGCCCGGAGCUGGAAGCCUCCUACGUCUUCUUCGGGCUGGUGCUGGCGCUCAUCGGCCUCAUCUUCCUCAUGGUGCUCUACCUAAACCGCCGCGGCAUCCAGCGCUGGAUGCGCAACUUGCGCGAGGCCUGCCGGGACCAGAUGGAGGGCUACCACUACCGCUACGAGCAGGACGCCGACCCGCGCCGCGCGCCCGCGCCCGCCCCCGCCGGCUCCCGCGCCGCCUCCCCGGGCUCGGGCCUCUGAGCUUCGCCUCUAGGGGCCGGAGGCUGCCCCUGCCAGCUGGUGACCUUACUGGGGCCGCCUGGCCCGAAGCUGUGGACAUGAGUACCCGCGAGGUUGGAGCUCCUAGACCUGCCGGAGACCUUUGGAUCAUGGCACCCCCAGUCGGUGGCCCUAAGCCGAACCCCGUCUCCCCCGCCUCUGAGAGCUCCCACCGUCACAGAUCCAGAGACAUCCCUUCUGGUUCCAGAAACCCCAGACCCCCUAGGUUCUGAAACAUCCUUCUUGGACCACUGAAACCCACUCCCAGUUUCAAGACCCACCCACAGAUCCUGUCUGUCCUUCGAUCCGAAAGCUCUGAGACUGCCUCCACCACCCUGUGCUUUGAGCCCCGACACUAUAGACCACUGACCCCAUUUCCAGCUUGGUGCCCUCAGCUCCCCUAUCAGGGCUCAUGGGCCCUCCCAUCCCAUUCUGGUCUCAAAGGCAGACUGCCCCCAUCAGAAGGGUUUUUUUUUUGGACUUUCAGCCCUUUUUCCCAUCCCAGAGCUCUGAGUCUUCCAUCCUGCAUGGAGACCCAUAUCCUUGGGCUCUGAAGGUCGGGCACCCUCCCUCUUAUAAGGAUAUAUUUCAUACCUCUGCCUCCCUCAUCACACACACACACACACACACACACACACACACACACACACAGAGACACACAGCUCUGGCUCAGGCCCCUCACUUCCUUGGUCCAGGCAUGGGGCUGAGCUCCCAGUCUGUCUCCCCCAGGGACAAGCACACCCCAUUCUAGCCUUAGUGUAGAGCCGACCCUCAACCUUUUCCACCCGGGUCUGAUCUCCCAGUACUCAGUGCUUGUCUCCAAUCUCAGACUCUCAGCUCUUCACCCCAAUCUGAGUUUCAUUCCCCUGCCCAGGCCUUAGGCUUUCAACUCCCCCACACCAAGUACGUGCACUCAGUCCCCACCCCUGCCACUCACUGGUCAAGGUCCAGUGAGAAAGCCCCUGGGAUGUGUUCACCGCCCCCUCCUCCCAGGAUGAGCUCCCCAGUCUGCCAGACAGGUGCAGGUGCCAAGCACCCUAGUGCUUACUGGCUGAUCCCAUGGGGAAGGAGAGAGGCUGCAUGUAUGAAGGGGAUGGUGGGGCCUCAGGACCAGGGUCUCCCGUCCAUUGUGGCUGCAGAGAGAGGCAGGGAGUGGGCUCUGAAGGGCAGGGAGCUGCUGCUCACCAAUUUCCCCCUGCUCUUUCCCACCUGGUGUGGUUCUUCUCCCCUGGGGUUUCUUUGCUGCCACGACCCCACCCCAUAUGCCUUCUGGAAGAGAAGGGGCCUUGUCUCCUGCCUCAGGCACAAGGCUCCUGGUUCAGGGUCAGAGCCUCAGCACCCUGCCUUCUGCAUGAUCCCAAAGCACAAUUGGUGAGUAGGGAGGGGGCCACCUCUCCCUGACUGCCCACCCCCUAGGUCAGGCAGAACGGCUGGCCUGUGCUGCCUCUGCACACAGGAAGUCACCCUCCUUUAAUAGAUUGGCUUGAGGCCUGCCUUCCCGCCCCUCCCCCAAACUCUGGAUCUCCCUUGGGCAGUUUUCUAUAAAGUCUGCAAUAAUCUCA